GUCGACGAUGUCGCAAGUCGCGCUAUUCAGAAUCCCGUCCAUGCGCGGGACAGGGCGACAGGGGCGACUUUUGGGGGCACGGAAAUGCGUCCCGUCAUGUCGAUGCGACAAGACCAGCGCCCUGGAAUGGAAUAUAAAACCCAGGCGACUCGGCCAUGAGGGUCAUCGUUGAGAUAUGCAGGAUCAACUCGACUCAGACCGCAGAGGAAGACACAAUACUUGAUCCUUUUUGAGCCUCCGCAACUCUUCUGUACUGUGUUCGGACUGUAAAUCAUGUCGGAGAAGGUCCUCGAAAAGGAGGUGGUCGGCGCGGUCGACAAUGUGGCUCCGACGCCAGACACCGGCAGCGAUAUUGAUCAAAUCGAAUGGACGGCCGAGGAAGAGAAACGGCUGGUUAGGAAGGUGGGCUUGGUCGUGAUACCCCUAUUGAUCAUGGGAUUCUUCGUUCUGCAGAUGGAUCGCGGGAAUAUCGGCAAUGCUUUGACCGAUUUCUUCUUUCGGGAUGUUGGCAUCACGCAAAAUCAGUUCAACAUUGGCCAGAACUUGAUGUCUCUGGGUAUCAUACCAAGCAACCUAGUACUCUACCGUGUUGGUCCUAGCCUUUGGAUCGGAUGCCAGAUUGUGGCAUGGGGCAUGGUUGUUGUUUUCCAAGCUUUCCAGAAGGGACUCGCUGCCUUUUUGGUUACUCGGCUGUUACUGGGAUUGUGCGAGUCCGGGUUUAUCCCCGCAGCGCUUUACACCAUUACGAGAUGGUACACCCGAAACGAGACGAGUAAGCGGUUCUCGUGGUUCUUCAUCGGAAACAUGACGGCCAACGCCACGUCGGGUCUCAUUGCCUACGGCAUAUUGCACAUGCGGGGUGUUCAAGGGCUUGCCGGGUGGCAGUGGCUUUUCAUCCUUGAGGGCCUCUUUACGAUUUUCGUGGGAGCCACGUUCAUCUGCUUCUUCCCAAAGUCGCCAUCCGAACCCGUUUCCAUUUUCGGGUACCGCUAUUUCACCGAACGCGAGGCGCAGAUCCUGACGGCGCGCGUCCUCCGUGAUGACCCGACCAAGGCCCAGAAGAACAAGCACAUGCGCUGGAAGGAAAUCAAGGAUGCUCUCACCAACUGGAAACUGAUCUCUCACCUCGUCCUCACCGUCGCGGGUCUGGCGCCGGCUGCGACCUUGGUGUCGUACGGUCCUACGCUUGUCGUCUCCUUCGGCUUCGGGCGGUUGCGCUCGAACGCCCUGAUGUCCAUCGGCUCGUGGCUCCAACUGCUCAGCAACCUUCUCAUGGGCUACGUAGCGGAUAAAUGGGAUAAGCGCGGCCCAGUCGCGUUUGUCGGCGUUUUGUUCUACAUGGGUUUUGCGAUCGGCAAUCGGCUUCUCAUCUUUUCGGAUAACGCGGGAUUAAGAUUUGCGUUUUUGACGUUGGUCAUUCCUUUCGCUGUCAAUUGGCAUCCCGUAAACGGCGCCUGGAUGGCACUCAACGCUCAGUCGGCGGGAGAGCGGUCGAUUACCAUGGCGUUGCUCAUCAUGGGGGCCAACGUCGCGGCCAUGAUUGGCAGCCAGCUGUUCCAGCAAGAGGACGGGCCCUUGUACCCGAAAGGAUGGGCGGGGAUCGUCGCCCUCACCGUGGCGUCGUUUUUGGCCGUCAGCGUGUCCAACUGGCAGUACUGGUGGCUCAACCGCCGCGAGGCCGAGAAGGGGGUGACGGAGACGAAAUGGAAAAUCGCAGCUCAGUGCCAGUUGAGAGGCCUACCUUGGAGAGCAAGGUAAGGUUUUGUUGUGCGGCGCGUGUCUAUGUUUGACAUCUCUAUCGCCGUGGCCUAGUGGGAAGGUACCUAACCCAAAGAAAGCUAGGAGAAUUUGGGUUGUAAUAAAAUAGGAUUAAAUAUUAUUCGGGUGG